AUCACCAUUUCACCAUCACGCAGCGCACGCGGGCACCAGCAUCAGCAUCAGCGGUGGACGCGCAGCACUGGAUGAUCCCGCGCACCGUAAAUACAUCCUGGAUCCUGCCCACUACAUAUUUGAGUGUCAUUGCACAGAAAUUACAGGCACAGGUUUACCAAAACUGUGGGACGGGGGAAUGAUAAACCCCGGAUCCCCCGGGCCGUUGUACUGUUCGUAAGGAUGCGAUCACUGAGCCGACCGUGGGCCUCGCUACUCACCGAGGCUUUCCUCAUCACAACAGUCGCCGUCAGCGCUGCAAUGGCAGUUAUGGGACAUUGUCCUCGGAGUCUGGACUGUGCCCGGGAGCGACGGCACUUCUGCCAGCCUGGCUCUUCACACUGCGGCCCAUGCCUAGACCCAUUCGUGGAGAACAAACGAGGGAAGUGUGUGGUCAGGAGAAGAAAUCACUCUGCCAAGGUCAACCAUCUCCCAGAGCUGGAUGAAGAGAUAGACAUUCUGUCCUCCAUCAUCAGCAGACACAGAGAAUCAGAGAUGAAGCACUUAGCCCCCUCUCCAGCGGCUCCCAAAGUCCCUGAAGAUUCCUGGCCGAGCAGUCAGCACAGAGCAGAAGCAUUUUCUACCGCUGCUACAUCAGAACAGCCUCUGACAAGUGUCCUGACCACUGCCUCCUCUACCACCAGCCCAGCCUCACACACUCCUGUGCACAGCGCCCCCUUUAUCAUCCCGUACCCCUCUGAGGACCACUCCUUCAUCAUAUUUUUGGGUGUGUUUUUUAUGGUGGGCUCAGUGGCUAUGGUCUUGACUGGAGUGUGUUGGGUCAGGAUGCAGAGAGGCAAUCGUCUGGCCCAGAAGGUCGAUUAUCCUGCUUUUGGGUUGAUAGGUCCAAAUUCUUAUGAUAGUGGCAUGACUGGAGAUAAAACACUUGCCCAGAGUGCCCAGAUGUACCACUUUCAGCUUCAGAAGCAGCAAAUGAUGUCACUCAAACAACGGAGUGAUUCCAAGAUUCCAGAUUCGGGAGCCACUUCGGAUGAGGAAAAUGAAGAUGGAGACUUCACUGUGUAUGAGUGCCCUGGACUUGCCCCAACCGGGGAAAUGGAAGUGAAGAAUCCACUGUUCGAUGACUCCACCUUUCAUCUUCACCUGCAGAAGAGUUACAACUAAACGCGAGAACUCAGAGCACAAACACGCAC